AUGAAUGAUCCCUCCUCUAUACCACCAAGGGUAUCCUCACGACUUUCUAACUCGGCAAAGUUAUCUAAUUCUAUUUCAAGACGUGUCCAUCGUGAAUCUCGUUUUGGAGACUAUAUUUUGGGUUCUACUCUUGGCCAAGGCGAGUUCGGAAAAGUUAAACUAGGCUGGCGAAAAGAUGGCAAACAACCUGAGCAGGAUACCGUCCCCCCAAAUUCUAAUCGUGAAACAAAAGUAUUCCGUGAAAUUAAUGCACUGAGCAUUUUAACUCAUCCGAACAUUGUUCGUUUAGAAGAAGUGAUUCAAAAUGAUAAAUACAUUGGAAUAGUAUUGGAAUAUGCUUCAGGCGGCGAACUUUUUGAUCAUAUUAUUAAUCAUAAGUACCUCAAAGACAACGUUGCUUGCCGUCUUUUUUCACAGCUUAUUUCCGGGGUUCAUUAUCUUCAUUCCAAAGGCAUUGUUCAUCGUGAUUUAAAGCUUGAAAACUUACUUCUUGAUAAACACAAAAAUAUUAUGAUAUCUGAUUUUGGUUUUGCCAACUCAUUUCAAUAUUCCUCAGAUGGUUCCAUAAAUGAUCUCAUGUCAACUAGCUGUGGAUCUCCUUGCUAUGCUGCACCUGAGCUUGUCAUUUCAGAUUCAAAAUAUGUUGGUCGCAAGGUUGAUGUUUGGUCGUGUGGUGUAAUCCUAUAUGCAAUGCUGGCAGGGUAUCUUCCAUUUGACGAUGACCCAGAAAACCCUGAUGGCAGUAACAUUACACAACUUUACAAAUACAUUACAUCGACCCCCUUGACUUUUCCAGAGUUUGUUCAGCCUAUGCCUAGAGAUCUUCUUCGCAAAAUUUUAGUUUCUGAUCCGUUGAAACGUAUCGAUCUUAAUAAUGUUCGAAGUCAUGCCUGGCUUGCCCCUCAUGCACAUUUUCUUUCAGUUACACCUGAAGAAUGGGAUAGAAGCUUUCUACAUCAAUCUCAAGUUCAGCAAUACUUGCACAAAAGCCCAGUUAAUUCUCACCAAUCGCAAUUACUUUCAUCACAACUUUCACAACCAAAACUUCAAGAAAGCCAGCAAACUGCACCAUCCUUAACAGCUUUUACUACUCCACCUCUGCCCCCUACUAUUCAAGCUCCACCUCAACAAGCACUUCCUCCUUUGCCCCAAAACUUAUCUCCGAACAAUGGUAGCUAUACUUCGACAGCUCCUUUCCGUCUUUCUUCAAAUUCGGCAUCGACAACUAAUUCUUCUCAAAUUCCGUCCUCUUCAUCGACUCCUCAAAAUUUGAAUACUAUUUCUAAUUCGUCAUCUUCUACUUCGUUCAUUACUGCUACUUCUUCUAUCCCUGCUCCUUCAUUUUCUAAUGCAUCAACGAUUCAACCCUCUACCAGUACAAACACGCCAAUAUCACCUUUACCAGUUUCUAUGGCCAUUGAUUCGGAUCUAGCUAUAGCUUCAAAUAUUGCCAAUCUCAUACCAUCUUCCAAUACAUUCCCUAUUCACCAUGCAGAACAUACUAGGCCUACUUCAAUGUUUGUUACUUCUACAUCUUCUUAUACGCGUUCUACUUCAUUACAAUUUGACAAUCAAUCUCCCACAACUACAUCCUCAACUCCAACCUCCUCUAAUUCUCAUCAAGCUUCAUCUCAUCAAGCUUUGUAUGUCUUACCUCCUUCAACUCAAACACAGCAGAAAGGUUUUAAGCCCAUUUCAGUUCAGGCCAAUACAACUCAGACAGGUUAUUCUGAAAAUUUUUGUGACAGAUCUUCAUUAAUUUCUAAAUCCGUUUCACCAGCUCCAACUGUUAAAGGUAUAUCAGAUCAAAAUUGCACAUCAUUUACAGAUAGAAAAAGCUUAGAUGGUUCAGACAUUUCUGAAACGAAAACAAAGAUAUCUCAAACCCAUGCAAGGAACAACUCUGUCAGUUCAGGCUCUAGCGAUGAAGAUGUUCAGUUUUUUGAUAGUGAUGGAUCACCUAGUUUGGUUUUAAAUUCUUCAAUAGAUUUAUCUCAAAACCAGCUUAAACCUUCAGUCAUUACAAAUCAAUAUUCUACGGCCCAUAAUAUAACUACAAUUGAUGAAUCUGAAACUCCAACCAACCCGGUCGCAUAUUCUCAAUCUUGUUCUGAAAAUUCAACAAUGACCGAUUACAAUAAUGAAGAAAGAGAUAUGGUGGCAGGAAUUUCUGAAACUUUAAGUAAAUCCAAAAUUUCUAUGCCCUCUAAUGCAGCUCGUUUACCCCCUGCCACGAGAAAACCCAGACCGACAUCCCUUCAACCCUCUUACUUGUCUUAUACCUCUACAGGUAGUUUUUCACUUGUAACGCCCGACUCAGGACAUUCAUCUAUUGAAAAGCCUAUGAAUUUGCAUUUGCAAAUGCCAUCCGAGCCUCGUGUUGCAAUUACACCAGAUUCUGCUCUUCCUGGAGAAAUUUCACGACCUACUUUUAAGUCAUCUGUCACUUCGAACAGUCUUGCUGGAAUUGUUUCUUCUUCAAACAGACCUAUAUCACCCCCCAUAGUUUCACCUCCUCGAUCUGCAUCUGAAAAUCAUUUGAAUAUACCUUCUGUUAUACUACGCGAACAACACCCAAGAGAUACUUUUUUCAACCAACCAAAUACUAGUGCUAACAUCAGCCAGCAAGAUUCUGCAAAAUCCACUCAUUCGAAUCAAACUACUAGAACAACCAGUGAAUCAAACAGUCCUAACGACUCAUCAACUGUUGAAAGUCAGUCUACUGCAUCCUCAUCUACACCUCCUAUUGAUGUAACUUCCCCAGUUCUUCCGACAAAUUAUGGCCAACCUGAAAUUUACAAGAGUAAAUAUGCAAAUGAUGCUCCUUUCACUGAAUUUACUCAAAGUCACCAAGGGGCUACUCAAAUUGAUAACAUUGAUGUUGAACCUAUUAUGCCUUCAUAUCCUAAAAAGUCUCAUAAGCGUGCUGCCAAUUCAAUUUCUUAUGGGUCUGAUCGGUUUGUUUCUAAGUUUAUGGGAAAUCCUUCUUCCAAUGUUUUUGAGUCGACAGGUGCGGGGAACCAAAAUGGAAGUCACACUAGCAUACCCGAGUCUCGAAGUCAAUACUCUUCAAUCACACCUGUGGUUUAUGGCGCUCAACUUCAAAUCCCCCCGCCAAAUGAUUUGAACUCACAAGAAACUAUUUCUAUGGGACAACACCGGCAACAUCGUCAAACUAAAAGUAUUGCUGGGCAGUCUUCUUCAUCUAUAUCCUCUUCCGGGACAAAGGUUAAUGGUCUUAAUUCAAUGUCACAUGGCUAUUACAAUAACAUAAAUGCUCAGGGACCCACUAUUCAAGGGCAUUAUGGUGCCACAACUACUUCGACAGAAAAAAAACGGUUUAGUCUGGGAUUUUAUACAUUCGGUGGAGGAAAUGAUAAGUCAUCCUUAAAAGCAAGUAAUAAUGGAAAUGGAAAUGGAAUGUUUGGUUCUAUGGGAUCGUACUCGACAAAGCAUGAGCGCCUUGCUCUUGAAUCCGCUUCUACGAAUGCUCCAAAUGCUUCUCAACAUCGAAGAAGUGUUUCAUUGAGUAGCAAUAAUCAACAUAGAAAUAGCAUUUCUCAUGUAGGAUCAUCCACCGGAAAUCGCACCAAUACCCGGCCAGUAUCAGCUUAUUAUGGUGGUGAUACAACACCCAUCUUUCCUCAAGGCCCUACUAUGAUUAUGUCUGCAUCUUCUAAAGCUCCGGACACUUCUCGUGCUGAACCUAAGGAGCAAUCUGCUGCUCGCAAGUUUGUUGACUUCUUCAAAAGACGAUCUCGCAUUGUUGCAUAA